AUGAGUAGGCGCACGAGCCACGGCGAGCCGGCGGCGCAGGCCGGCGUCCCGGUGACGUACUACGCGACCUGCCGGCGCAUCGCGUACCUCGCCUCGGUCGGGAUGCCGCAGGCGACGCCCUACACGCCGCCCGCGCGGCCGCAGGCCCUGACGCUGCCGGAGCCGCAGCAGACGCCGCGGGCGGUGCUGCCGCCGCCGCCCUCCACGCCCUCGCCGGCGGCACUCACCACGCCGUCGCGGCAGACGGUGUCCUGCUCGCGGACCACCACCCCGCGGACCACCACCCCGCGGGCCACCGGCCGCCGCAAGCGCGAGGUGGAAAUGUUUGACAUGGACGCCGCCUACGCCGCGUUCAUUCAGCGCCUGGAGCGGCAGUUGGACGCGGAGGACGCGAAGAGCGCCUAA